UCGUACUUUUACUCUGAAAAGACAGACCGGAUAUAGUUGCGUUUGUUUUGGUUCGUCUCUUCCGCUGCAUUUCGGGCACUCGUGUCGGGCAUGUAUCAGGUCAGGAGCAGUGCUUGAACCAUAAACACAUUUCUCAUCAUGUUGAGGUGACACCAUCAGCUUUCUAAAAUGUUUCUCCGGCCUGGACUUUGGACUGGUUUGCUCCCAGUUAGAACUCAUUUAUCUGGCUUUUUCAGUGCCGGGAUUCACUCCAAAUUAACUAAAGAUGGAAGUCUAAUUUUCCAGUCCAAAUCCACAGACAUUCACCAAAACCUGGCGCUGGAGGACUGGAUUGAGACUAACGUGGAUCUAACCAACCGCCGUUUGUUUCUCUUAUGGAGAAGUCAUGCUGCUGUCGUGAUUGGUCGACACCAAAACCCGUGGGCGGAGUGUGACCUGGGUGCCAUGUGGAGAGCUGGCGUCCCAUUGGCUCGUAGGCGUAGUGGGGGUGGGACUGUUUAUCAUGACAUGGGGAAUCUUAACCUGACGUUUUUUAGCUGCAGAAAACUCUAUGAUCGUCAGAGAAAUUUGAAGGUGGUGACGGAGGCUCUGAGGAGAGCCAGGCCAGAGCUGGAUGUCAGAGCUACAGAGCGACUAGAUAUAGUUCUUAAUGGGAAAUACAAGAUCUCAGGCAGUGCUUCACGGUUGAGUCGUAAGGCUUCCUAUCACCACUGCACGCUGCUCCACUCGGCUGAUGGCUCCGCCCUCCAAUCCGUGCUCCGCCCCUCGACCCCUGGUAUCCACAGCAAUGCCACGCCUAGUGUCGUCUCCUCGGUAACCAACCUGACAGACCACGCCCCUUCACUGACGUGGGAGGAGCUAACGCAGGCCCUGGUUCAACAGUUUAACACAGAGUUUGGUCUCUCGUCUCCAUUAAGUCUCUUGGAUCCUUCUGAUGAAUCUUUAUUUCCUGGAAUUGGUUGUAUGGCGUCAGAGCUCCGCAGCUGGGACUGGACUUUCGGCAAAACACCGAAAUUCACUAUCGAAACUGAACUUUCCCUGUCUGAUGAUUUGACACUUGAACACACCACAGCUCAGCUACAUAUUGAACUUAAAAACGGUUUAAUUUCUAGUAUCGUCAUUACUGUUCAAGACCAAUGGCUUCAACAAACACUUAUAAAUGAACUUUGUGAUGUGUUGACGGGAGAAAGGUUUUGUCCACAUCGAGUGGCUGCUGCAGUUUCAACACUAAUAAAAUCAGAACAAGACGAAACGCAAAGAAGACUGCACAAGUUGAGCAAUACUGUCAUCAGUGUGAUGGGUUAGGGUUACAGGAAGACGGUGGAAAAGAGG